AUGGCCGCCCCGACGAUUGAUGAUCUUCUUCAGCAUCAGAAAUUUGAAGUUCUUAACGAGGAACAAGUGGCUUCUUUCAUGAAACAUGGAUUUCUACGCAUACCUGGAGCAAUAUCUCCAGAGAAAUGUGACUGGUGGACAAGAGACGUUUGGCACCGUUUGGGCUUUGACCCGAACGACAAGUCUAGUUGGACCACUGAGCGCACCCACAUGUCUAAGCACCAUGCGGUGUCUGCAAAAGAAAUAGCUCCGAAGGCAUGGGCUGCUAUUUGCGAACUUUGCGGAGGCGAGGAUCGGAUAUAUCCUGGGGUUGAGAUGUGGACGGAUGCGUUCAUUGUGAAUUCUGGAAGCCCGGAAACUGAAGGCAAAAAGGUACCACCCAAAAAAUUAGAUAAUUGGCAUGUCGAUGGAGAUUUCUUCGUUCACUUUCUUGAUAGUCCGGAGCAGGGGUUGUUAGUGAUACCUUACUGGAGUGACGUCGAUGAGAACGGCGGAGCAACCUGGAUUUGUGAUGAAGGACCGAAGAGAAUUGGACAAAUACUAUAUGACCAUCCAGAAGGACUAGGUCCAAUGCUCCGUCCACGUAGCGAGCAGCUUGAGCAUCAAGAUCAACAUUCGAUCUUCAUUCAAGCAGCGCAGGAGGCGCCCGACGAGAGUUUUCAUGAAAUGACAGGCAAGAAGGGUGAUGUCAUUUUAAUGCAUCCUCUGAUGCUGCAUAGUGCCAGUAGAAAUGGGCGGAGAUCAGACUUACGGAUAGGAAUAAUCACAAACCCUCUGGUGGCGCUUUCGGCACCUUUUGAAUUUCAGCGCACAAACCCGGCCGACUACAGCCUAGUUGAGCUGAAAACCAUAGCAGAUCUCGGGGGGCCAGCAAAGUUCAUUAAUGGUUGGAACAUAACUGGCGAAAGGCAGAUGUUCGUUCCUGGGCGGGUAUUGAGACAGCGGAAGAUGCAAGAGGAAGAGAAUGAUAGGCUUCGGAAGCUGGACUUGCCGUUGGCAGACAAUUCGCUGGUCCAACUGCCAGAAUUUCUCGCUGAGCAAAAAGUGGCGAAAGCUGGGGCAUAG